UAUAAUGAAAGCUAUUUCUAGGACUGAUGCUGCAAAGACGCCGUGGAAGAGCCUAUGUGUCCCGACAGCAGAGGCAGUAAAGCAGUACCCCGAAGACAACAUUUUAUUGUGAUUCCUGACUUACAAAGGUUAACAAUAACUUACUUUACAACGUGAGCUAAACAGCCAAGACUUUAAGUCAUGGGGGAUGGAAACACUCCUCGCUGGUUUGUUAUAAAUGGUGGUAGUUAUUUUGUGGGAGCUGCCUCCACCUUUCUGUCCACAGUUCUCACAUUUCCCAUCUACAAGACAAUCUUUCGGCAGCAACUCCACACGCUAAACAUCAGAGCUGCUACACACCAACUAGGCAAAGAAGGGAUUGCUUAUCUCUACCGUGGCUUGACUCCACCUCUCAUCGCAAAGACUGUACAAGGCACAGUGCUCUUUGGUACUCAGGGAACUUUCCAACAUCUGCUCUGUGGUGGGGGGAUUCCAAGUGCUGGGCAUCGUGCACUAUCUGGAUUCCUCACUGGGGUUUUGGAGGCCACCCUUCUUGUACCAUUUGAAAGGGUCCAGAACAUACUGCAAGAUGGCCGUAACAACAAACGUUUUCCGUGUGCUAGCUCCAUCUUACAGGAAUUCCUAAACUACAAGGGAAGAGACCGUCUGUAUUGUGGCCUCUAUAGAGGGUUCAGUCUUAUUCUUAUCCGCAAUGGUCUUGGUAAUUCUUUAUACUUUUUGUUAAAGGAUCCACUAAAAGAUAUACUAAGCUCUAAAGGGAUUCCGCAAUGGGCUCCUUCUUUGGGAUCUGGUGCUCUAAAUGGAGCCCUCAUCUCAUUGGUGCUCUAUCCACUCAGUGUGCUAGUGUCCAACAUGCAGGCAACAGUGGGGAAAGGGCUGCCAAAUUUAAGAGAGGUAGCACAUGCUGUAUUUGCACAACGCAGGAGUAGAAUCACACUGCUUUACCGUGGAGCUUCCCUCAUUGUUGUGCGCUCUUGUAUCACCUGGGGUGUGACAACUGCGAUUCACGAUGCUCUUAGCAAAUGACAUUGUGUAAUAAAAUGAAGAGUGGCUUUUGUUUUAUUUUAAUCAUAUGCUACAAAUAAAUAUAGCAUAGUCACACAAAUUAAA